CACUGUUUCUGUUUGAUAAAGAGAAUAAAACCUCAAAGCAAAAAGACAAACACACACACACACGCACACAUGGCUAUGAAGACAGGAACAUCACCUUCUUUGAUUCGUCCUGUGUUUGAUGACUUCGAGCCCAGCACUGAAUUGUCUGAGAAUCAUGAAGCUCACUUUCUGCGGAUCCUUCUUCCAGGCUUUACAAGGGAUCAAAUAAGGAUUAUAUUUAUGAACGUUACGAGAAUGUUGAAUGUUUCUGGAGAGAGAGAAAUUGAUAGUGGAAAUUACAGAUGGGUCCGUUUCAAUCAAUCUUAUCCUAUUCCACAAAACUGCAAUGAGGGAAAGCUUCAGGCAAACUUCGCUCGGGGCGUUCUCACCAUUACAAUGCCAAAGAAUAUUCCUUCCCAACGCUCUCCUAAAACUGAAGCCCAACAAAAAGGCCCAUUUCUUCCUUUAAAGAAACUAGAGCCUAAGCCCAAUAAAAAAGCCCAAAAUGAUGUUCAUCAGAAAGCCCAAGAGAUGCCCGCAAGUACCAAAGUGGAAGAGUCAAAACCUGAAAGAGCUCAAGAUAGAAUUCCCCGAAAAUAUGCACCGACUGGGAUUGUUGAAGAGCCAAAGCCUGAGAAAGCCCGAGAAAAUAUUCCUCGAAAAUAUGGAUUGGCCCAAGUUGAAGAGCUGAAACCUGAGAAAGCCCGAGAACAAAGUCCUCAGAAACAUACACCUAGUAGAUUGGAAGACCUAAAGCUUGAGAAAGCUCAUGAAAUUCCUCAAGGAUCUAUGCCAAGUAAAUUGGAAAAACAAAAGCCUUCUGAGGAGGAAAUUCCUUUUAAAUUCAGAAUUUCUAGAGGGAAAGAAGAUUUAACCCAGAAAUUAGAAGAUGAUAAAAGAGGAUUAAAAACUAUUAUGCCAGAGCCCAUCCCUAAAACAGCUGAAGAUGAACUUGAGCCCAUACUGGUGGGCCCAUCUGAAAUGGAACUAAGGCCAAUGUUAAAGGUUGCUCCAAGAGAGUCCGAAGAUGAAAAGCCCAUGAAGGAUCGAGAGAAAAUUGAGAAAGAAAGAGAAACAAAGGGAGAAGAAGGAAAAUUGGUGGAAAAGAAUCAGAAAAUGUUCCAAGAAAAGGAAAUUAGGACAAGAAUGAAGACUCCAGAAACAAGAGGAAAAGAAAAGGAAAGUUUUCCUAGUAAAGAGAAUAUGGUCAGCACAUUAGGGAAAGGAAUCAGACACGUGUCAGCUUCGACUUCAAAGGUACUGACAAAAAUUUCAGAAAGAAAAUGGGAGCAAGAGGAGAAGCCAAUGCUUGUAAAUAUGGGAGCUGCAGUGCUACUGAUUGCAGCUUUGGGAGUGUAUGUAUCCUAUAAGAUGAUUGGUUCUUCUGAUAGCACCUAAAUCUGCAGUGUUCAAAUCUUUGAAUGUUUGAUCAUUCUCACAAUCAUCAAAGUGUAAUGAUGUGUAAUUUCAAAUCAAUAGUUGGUGUAAAUACACGUUACA